AUGGUUGCUUUCAAGAACCUCAGAUAUGCAGCCAUCCUGUCUCUUGGCCUUGCUGCCCAUGGGCUAGCCGCCGAGGCUGAAGCUACCGAUCUUAUCGCUCGCGGCGUUGAGCCUGAUGACGCUCACGAGCUUGCUGCCCGCGAUGCCGAGGCCGAGCUUGAGGAACGUGACGGAGAAGGCGAGCUAGAGGCUCGAAAUCUGCUUGAAGAACUUGACGAGCUCAAUAUCCUUGUCCGCCAGCCUGAGAAGGGAUCUGGUCCUAAGCCUAAGCCUAGGCCUAAGCCAGCACCUAGACCUACAUCAACUAAGAAACCCAGAUCUGAACCCACAGGUCGACCUCAUAUGGAUCGAAGGCGUGGUCUCUUUGCCCGCCAGCCUAAGAAAGGAUCUGAGCCUAAGCCUAAGCCUGGGCCUAAGCCAGCACCUAGACCUACAUCAACUAAGAAACCCAGAUCUGAACCCACAGGUCGACCUCAUAUGGAUCGAAGGCGUGGUCUCUUUGCCCGCCAGCCUAAGAAAGGAUCUGAGCCUAAGCCUAAGCCUGGGCCUAAGCCAGCACCUAGACCUACAUCCACUAAGAAACCCAGAUCUGAACCCACAGGUCGACCUUACAUGGAUCGAAGGCGCCAUCGAUUCGAUGAACUUGACGAGCGCGAUAUGUACGAGAUGGACGAAUAUUUGUUUGUCCGCGGCUAA